CGAAAGUUAACCAAGAACAACUGGAAUAGAAAAACUGUAUCAGUCAGAGUUUAUGCAUGGCAAGCGCAGGUCUAUACCGCAGAACCCUCCCUCCGCCUUCAAUCGAAUUCUCUUCACCGGAAGGAAAGAAAAUCUUCACCGAAGCUCUUGCGAAGGGAACCAUGAAUGGUUUCUUCAAGUUAAUUUCAUAUUAUCAGACUCAAUCAGAGCCUGCUUUCUGUGGUUUAGCUACUAUUUCCGUUGUCCUCAAUGCUCUUGCCAUUGAUCCCGGUCGAAAAUGGAAAGGUCCUUGGAGAUGGUUUGAUGACACAAUGUUGGAUUGCUGUGAGCCUUUGGACAAGAUUAAAUCACAAGGUAUUACGUUCGGGAAAGUUGCGUGCUUGGCUCGAUGUAGUGGAGCUAAAGUUGAAGUGUUUCGAGCGGAUCAGAGCAACAUUGAUGAUUUUCGCAACUGGGUGAUUUCGUGCUCUUCGGAGGAGGAUUGUCAUGUCAUUGUGUCUUACCUCAGGACUCCACUUAAUCAGACUGGAUCUGGGCAUUUUUCGCCGCUUGGAGGAUAUCAUGCUGAAAGAGAUAUGGUCCUUAUUUUGGAUGUUGCUCGAUUCAAAUAUCCUCCUCACUGGGUUCCCGUUACCGUUCUUUGGAAUGCAUUGAAUACCAUUGAUCAAGAUACUGGACAACAUAGGGGGUACAUGAUUAUUUCAAGGCUUAACAGAGCACCAUCAAUACUUUAUACUGUGAGUUGUAGACAUGAAGGUUGGAGCAGUGUUGCCAAAUUUCUAACUGAAGAAGUUCCUCUUAUUCUAAAAUCAGAGGAUCUAAAAGAAAUUCCAGAAGUGCUCUCUGUUGUAUAUAAAUCUCCUCCUAGUGAAUUGAGAGAGUUUAUCACAUGGAUUGCGGAGGUUCGCAGGCAAGAAGACGGGAAUCUCACAUUGAGCGAGGAGGAGAAAGGAAGGCUAGCAAUAAAGGCAGAUGUACUGGAACAAAUUCGGUCAACCGCACUCUUUAAUCACAUGAUCAAGUGGUUGGAUUCAGAAAGAUCAUGCUGUGAUACCAUUACAAACCUUGGUGACAGAGAUACAUUGUCAGCUGUUGCAGCACGUGUUUGCUGCCAAGGGGCAGAUAUCUUAACUGGUUGUCGUUUGUCGGGCGGAAACUGCUGUAGUAAAAUAGAUGUUAAGCAUCUGAAUGUUGAUAGUGAAAAUCCAGUUACAUUGAUUUCCGGAACUGUUACUACAACUGGAAGCAGUAGCGAACAAGGAGUUGAUGUAUUGGUCCCUUUGUGUCAGAGGAAGCCGAGUAGCUUGUGUCUCUGUAAUGAGGGUCAGUGCAUUGGAAUGCACCCAUCUACUGCAGAUGUCUUAACUGUGCUUUUAUUCUCCUUGCCCUUGCAUACAUGGUCCGGCAUUAAAGACGAAAAGCUGCGUUUUGAAGUUACGAGUCUUAUAACAACUGAAGAUCUCCCUCCCUUACUUUCUGAAGAGGUUUUGUUCUUGCGAGAGCAACUUCACUUUCUCAUGACUGAUAAUGGUGCUCCUUCUCCCUGAUGAUACUCUUAAUUUUAACUAAUGUAACGGGUUCACAAUAAAAUUACAUUCAACCCGGUUUUAGCAUUGGAUAUGUAUUGAACUUGGGUUCAAUACAGCAUGUCCAUGCAGUAAUGAUCAUGUUGAACGCAUCAAAAAUCUGUUAGAAAUUUGGUAUGAUAAUCUUGGAUAUCUUCAAGAAUCGUGUUUGUUCACUUUCCGAACAAAGUAUUUCGACCCUAUUCUUUGUCUGGGUUCACGAAAUCUUUGCGGGGAUAAUUCUUGAAGAACAAUCUGUUUCUGACAAUGGAGAACAGAUCAGAAUGUAGAGAGGAAGUAUGUAAUUUCGUAUGUCAAAUCGAGACCGAAAGACUCCUUAUAUAGGAGACCAAUAAUAGCAACGAACAGACACACCUGUUCGGUAAAAAACAGUUAUGUUGGUUGGAAACGAAGCAUCUGUUCGGUAAAACGGUUAAGUCCGUUGGGAAAGGGUGCAACUUAUUCAAACGAAAUUUUUGCUCGGGGCGCUGCCCCGCACCCCGCCCGCUGACCUGGCAGCGGGACCCCAGCCAGGGGCGCUGCCCCUUGGACCCCGCCAGGGGCUCCGCCCCUUGGAACCCCGUUUCUAUUAUUCAUAUUCAAUUGUACGUUUGGCUCUACGAGCGUGCACUCCGCACUACCCUAACUCGUUUCAAGCUUAACGCAUAAUUGCAUCGGCCUUCAGUAAAUCACAUUACUACCAAAAUUACAUUGAUGAUACUAAAAUCACCAACAAAAUCGACAAUAGUUUUUCCUUUGUGUAGCUAAUUUAAACUGUUUAAAGUAAUUGGAUACACAUGGGAAGAAUAUCAUGUGGAUUGCAUUACACAUUGUUGGAAAAUGAACAUUGAUGAAAGAGUUGAAGACCCUUGAAGUCUUUGGCCUUUUAUGUGAUACUAUGAAAUAGAGAAUGUAGCUCUGUGAUUACCCUUCAACAGAGAAUAUAGGCUCCUUUCUUUAA